AUGUUGUUACAUGGUAGUGGCCAGAUUCGUUAUUCUAUACCAGAGGAGAUGAAGAAAGGCUCUGUUAUUGGUAAUGUAGCACAGGACCUUGGUUUGGAUCUGAAAAGGCUCCGUUCUGGGCGGGCCCGUAUCGUGACUGGAGAAAACAUUCACUACACCGAGCUGAAGACAGACAAAGGGAUUCUAGUCGUGAAUGAGAGAAUAGACCGGGAGCAGCUUUGUGGAGACGUAACGCCGUGUAGUUUCAGCUUUGAGGUGAUUUUAGAAAACCCAAUCGAAUUGCACAGAGUAACGGUUGAGGUUUUGGACAUCAAUGAUCAUGCUCCCGUCUUCCCAAAUAAAGAAAAAUCUAUCAGUUUUGAAAUCAGUGAAUCAGCUGCAGUUGGAGUGCAGUUUCCACUGCAGAGUGCAGAGGAUCUGGAUGUGGGGCAAAACGCGUUGCAAAAUUAUAUGUUAUCACCAAACGACAAUUUCAUUUUAAAGCAACAUGCAAUUCCAGAUGGAGGUAAAUAUUGUGAGAUUGUGCUCCAAAGGUCUUUAGACAGAGAAAAACAUCCCAAUUUGUCUUUUUCAUUAAUCGCAGUUGAUGGAGGAACACCACAGCGAUCUGGUACAGUAAAUAUAGAUAUCACUGUGUUAGAUGCUAAUGAUAAUAUUCCUGUUUUUAAUCAAUCGGUGUAUAAAGCAUCUGUGAUGGAAAACACAACGACAGGCACGAGCAUCAUUACAGUAAAUGCUACAGACGCCGACAGUGGUUCAAAUGGACUCAUUACUUACAGUUUGUCUAACACGAAAGGAAGUGCGGGAAAUAUAUUCACUAUUGAUGAAAACACAGGCACAGUUUCUGUGUCUGGUCAGAUAGAUUAUGAAAAAGACAGAAAAUAUGAGGUGAGAGUCGAGGCAAAGGAUCAGGGUGGCCUAAUCGGAACAAGUAAAGUUAUAGUUGAUGUUGUUGAUGUCAAUGACAAUGCACCAGUCAUAAAUAUUAUGUCAUUUUCUAGUCCCGUGUCUGAGAAUGCACCUACUGGUACAACAAUUGCUAUUUUGAACAUAAAAGACGCAGAUUCUGACAAUAAUGGGAAAAUAAGAUGUUCUAUAGAUGGCAAACUUCCCUUUAAGAUAGAGUCAUCUCUAACCAACUAUUACAAUUUGAUCUCAGAUCAACAUUUUGAUAGAGAAUCUGUCUCAGAAUAUAAUAUAACGAUAACAGCCACUGAUUUAGGGUCUCCACCUCUUACCAGCUCCACAAAAUUACAUCUUAAAAUAUCUGACGUAAACGACAACGCACCAUCAUUUGAUAAAAACAGCUAUACUGCUUACAUCACAGAGAAUAAUUCCCCUGGAAUUUCUAUAUUUGCGGUCAGCGCGCGAGACUCUGAUUGGAAUCAAAACGCCAGAAUCUCGUAUCUUUUAGAGGACACCCAAGUCAGUGGUAGUCCAGUUUCUACUUAUGUUUCCUUAAACUCUGAAACUGGAGUUCUUAGCGCGGUUAGGUCUUUUGAUUAUGAGCAAAUUAAACAGCUUCAGAUAGUAGUCAAAGCGCAGGAUGGAGGCUCUCCUCCACUCAGUAGCAAUGUGACUGUGAAAAUACUGAUCCAGGACCAGAACGACAACCCUCCUCAGGUUCUGUACCCAGUCCAGACUGGUGGCUCUCUGGUGGCUGAAAUGGUUCCUCGUUCAGGAUGGGGCUAUCUGGUCACUAAAGUGGUGGCUGUUGAUGUGGACUCUGGACAGAAUGCCUGGCUCUCCUAUAAAACUGCAGAAAGCCACAGACAGGGCGCUGUUGAAGUGGGCUACAGAAGGGAAAUAGAAAUAUCCGCCAAGUCACUGAUAAAGAUUGUGAAACAAAGACUGACUGUUAUAGUGGAGGACAACGGGCAGCCCUCUCGUUCAGCUACAGUCAUUGUUAACGUGGCGGGUGGCGGACACUUCCCUGAAGUGCUGUCUGAGUUCACUGACUUACACACGACAAGGAGUACAUGA